GUUGAGGAAGCACACGUCCACUCUCCAUCUCUGUGUUCAUCUUUUCGGAAACAUCACCGACAGUAAACAAAUUCGACCGCGCUUGCCGACUAAACACAAUUCUCCGACUAGAGAAAGCGAAGUCGGACGAAUUUGAGUCAACGGAACUACAACGGGGUCGAAUCCGAACGCCAAAAACAAGCUCAACAAAUGCUCUCUCAUGCUUCAUCGAAAUGAGUGCAUGAUCGUGGGGGUGAAGCAACGAAGUUGCGAUGACCGGUUUUAAUCGGUAUUCCUCUUCUUGCAGGUUGCGAAUUCACAGGGCGCGAAGCAUCUCCGGAGAUCCUGAGCUAUUCCUUAUCAAUUGAUCCUUAAACAGGCGGUAUUUAUUUAUUUAUUUAUUUAUUUUCUGCACUGCACCCCCACUCCGAUGCUUCAGUCCCACCUGAACGUAAAAGAGUUAGUUGCUACAAUCAGAUUGCUGGGAUCGUUGGAAGUCUAGGUUUGUCGCGGUGACGUGAAUCCGUUUCUGAUUGCCAUGGCGGUGAUGUUCGCAUAUGUUGCGAUGCUUUUCGCUUCUGUACUCGUUGCAGGAGUUGGAGUUGGGGGACAAUCACUGUACUGUAGGGAAGCGACCUACUCCUCGUUGGCGCCGUGCUCGAAGUACAUGGCGGUGAAUUCCAAUUCCUCGACCCCUACUCCGACGUGUUGCUCUAGUAUUUUGGCCUUGAAUACCAAACAGCCCGACUGUCUUUGCCAGAUUAUGACACAGCUUCUGAACUCGACGUUAACAGGGGUGAAUUCGACUAAAGCGCACCAGAUUCCCGUCAUGUGCUGCAUCGCUGUUGACACGGUGAAGUGCCCGGCAUUUGCACCACCUCCGGGCUCGUCGAUUGCUCCACCGGCUUCAUGUGUAGCGCUGGCUCCCUCCGGCCCUUACAUGGAUGGCGCUCCCGGCGUGCAAGCAAAUCCGCCGGAGGUGUCCGCUGCCUCGCCGAUCAGAGGCUGGUGGCUGAUGAAGUGGAUAGUGGAUUGACUGCGGCUUUUCCUGCAGCAUAUUGGCUAAAUGGGGAAUACACCUUCGCUGAUUAUUUCAUUGCUUAUUUUUUUGUGUUUUAUUUUCUAUUUUCUAUUUUUCAAGUUGAUUUGCGGUAUUAUAUGAUUUGGUGCAUUGAUUGCGAUAGGAGUUGAAGUGAUCCGGGACAAAACCCUACAUGUGACGUCCAUUUAGAAAGUGGAUCACAAGAUUGUAUAUAUUUAAACGACAGAGGAACUACCCAAGAGUAUUCGUGAAGGUUAAGAUUGGGUGAAACUGUUGAAGGGGAACCCUAAAUGUUGCUUGAAGUUGGAAGCCUAGAUAUUACUCUACACACGGAUCACCGGAGAUGUAGUUUUUGAGAAACUUGAAUUUGCAAUGAAGAUAGUGAUUCAUGAACUUUGUGGAGCAACCUCGUUCAAAACGACCUCCAAAAAUGUGAUUCGCGUGCAAUCAAUCUCUUUGCUUCUCCACUAUGGAAGGCCGCAAAUGCCACAUA